AUGUCUUUUGAAAGAUUACGAGAAGAGGCACUAGGCAACUCAGCCCCUCUUGCGACCGCACGGAACAACAGACAUUCGCUUGUCCCAUUUCGCACACGACGGACGUGGGACCCAUUGGGGAGAAGUCGUCGCCGUGCCAUUCGGACGAGUCUUCCCAAGAUGUUCACGAUCAACAGUAUCCUCCACUCGGGGCGGCCUCCUCCUUCGCCUCCGUCGCCCGUGAAGGAGUGGGUUUCGGCGGGAGAAGCAGCUGCAGCAGGAGCGCCCUCGAUAUCCGUUCCUUCGACGUCCUCCUCCUUCUCCUCCUCUUCCUCCUGGGGCGCGGCGGUUCCUGGGCCUCCUUCGCCUCCAGCCCUGGUCUCCGCGACGCCGCUCUUGCCCCGCGUGUCUCCUGCGCCCCCGUGCCUGUCCCUGACGCCCUCGCUGCUCUCCUCCGUGAGCCAGCUCCUGGACCUCUCGGCGCUCCUCCCCGCCUCCAGCAGCUUCGCCGUGGACUCGAGCGCGUCUUCGGCGAGCGCGUUCCAUUCCGCCGCCAGCGCCUUCGUUCCCAUCCCCGCCUCGACGUCGACGGCCCUCCCGACGGCCGCUGCGCCCUGCCACUCGCCGGCGCUCCCUGCCGUGGCCGAGGGGAAGAUCGGCGCCUGUCCUCACCAGCGCCUCGCUCCUCCGGCCGCCAGUGGGGUCCCCUCGGUCCCUCAGGCUCCCUCGGCCCCCUCGCGCUCGCAGACGCCCUUUGUCUCCCCCGCCACGCCCUCGCCUCACGCGCUGCACACUCCCUUCAUGCCCCCGGCAGGUGCCCUCCACACGGUCUACUCAGCCCACCUCCCGUACCACAGUGCCCUCCACUCGGGCUACGCCGCCCACAGCGCGCCCAUUCGGCCCGAGCCCCUUCGCCUACGCCCCGCUCGGCCCCGCGCCCAGCCCGGCCUCGCAAGGACCCCUCCGGCCUCGCCCUCCCUCCGCUGCAUCCACGAGGCCCCUCCUCCUCCGCCGCGCCUCCGCCACCCCGUCAGGAGCAGCGCAGCCCCGGACGAGGACGGGAAAGGCGGCCGUCGAGACGCUCCACCCUCCUGCUCUCCUCCCUACCGCCCAGCGCGCUCCUCCCCUCCACCCUCCCAGCGCCCCUAG